AUGAAUAGGAAGAGAAAUGGGGGAUUAGUGAAGAAGAGGAAGAGAAGUGGGGAUUUGGAGAGUAGUGGAUGGGGGGAUGAGUCAGUGGAGAGGGUGUGUGAGAGGAAUCAGGUGAGGGAAGAGAAGGAGAGGAUGAAGAAGGUUAUGGAGGAUAGAGGGAAUGUUUUGAAGAGGGGGGAUGAGUAUCCUAGAGAAAGCUGUGAUACUAUGAAUGAUCAGAUUUUUGACUUGAACAAUGAGAAUAUAAUUAAUGAAGGUAUACGCCCAACGACAAAUAAACACGAGUUCUUCAUGGGAUCUGAAUUUAUUCCUGAAAUCAUUGAAAGUCCCAUGGAAGAUAAUACUUCUAGUUGAUCUAGUAGCAUUAUUGACGAGACAUCAUUGAAAAAGAGAACUUCAGUUAACUCUGAUGUUAUGAGUCAAAAGUUCUCAAUUUACUCUGAAAAUAAAGUUAAAUUUGAAAGGAAUCAAAGCCAAAGAAGCUCUCAUAUUCCCAAGAAACCUUUAGCUUAUCGAUCAAAUAAGCCGGCUACUAAAUCAAAACCAAAGGUAGCUCAUUCAAUUUCUUAUGAUUUAUCUUCAUCCAAUAUACAGAAACCAGGAAAGAAAAUAGAUGCCUUAAAAUAUUCUUUACCUGGCAUCAAGGGAAAUCUUGCAAAGAAGGUUCUUUCAGGGAAGAGACAGAAUUCCUCUACAAGGAUAAACAAAGACUUGAGCUCUGUAAAUAUCAGAGGAGGGAAAAUCAAAGAUAAUAAGAAUAGAAUCCCUGAUAAUUUCAAGUCAUUUGAUGCUAUCCACGCGUCUAAUAGAAACAAACCUCUUUCUGGAGACUACAGUCACCUUCUCGAAGGUCCUUUCAUUAAAGCUUCUAAUCUUAUUGAAUCUUUCGACUCUCAGACUACUGAGGGAAAGCAGGAGAAAGAGGAAAAUAUUCAUCACGAAUAUAACGAUUCUUUGCAAGCUUCCAAUCCAAAUACUGGGACUAUUGGAGAAAACUCUCUUCCCGAAAUUGAUAAUUCAGUGGUAGAUGAAAUCUUGCCUUUCAAAGGUUUGGAGAAUCACAAUACUAUGAUUAGUAAGGAAGGUUUUAGUGGUGCUCAUAAAUCACAAUUCAUGCAUAAGACAAGUGAGAAUUUCUAUUCAAGUGUUGCAGGAAAAUCUCCUUGUCCAAAUCAGAUCUGAUAUGACGAGGGUAGUUACAACCAUUUUAAUUCACUCGAGCCUGAUCCUUCUGCGAUAAAUUGCUACAAUAGCAUUGAACCUGACCAAGACAAGAGUCAAAGAGUCUCUCAAAAGCAGCUUAAAAUGUAUAAUUUACUCCGUAUUUCUAAAAAUGCUCAAAGUUGUCGUACGAAUCUCCCAAGAAACGCAAAAUUUCGAGGGAAAUUCUGAAGAAGCAAGAAUAGCUCUUCUGAUCUAAAAAACUCCAUUCACGCUGAGAUAGAGAAAGGACUACCUCAGAUCUUUAACACAGGCAAAAUUAUUUCAAGGAAAAUGUCUGUCAGAGGUAAAAUCUCUAAAGAUCAUGAAGCCGGCGUUGGGAAUCUUAGCUAUGAUGAUCGUGCAAUGAGCUUAAAAGGUUUUCAUAAUAAGAACAAUUCUGAGAGAUCCUAUGGAGACCGCUCAUUGGACCGAACUCCAGGUAAGAUUAGGUACACUAUAACCAAUGGGGUCUCUCAGCCUGGGUUAAGAAUUAAAUACUCUGGGCAAAAUGAUGUUGCAACCAAUUGGAAGAUUAGCAAGAAUAAUGAUUUCUUCCCAUUAGAUGCUGAAAAUUGUAUGGAUAACUUAAAUAUAAACUCAAAGGAAGAUGGAAAUACUCCUAAUAGCAUAAAAGUAGCUGUUUCUUCAAAGCAUGCCAACUUUAAAAUCAAUAAAGUAACUCCUUAAAA